GCCGCGGUGCGCGCUCACCGCUCGGCGCUUCGUCCCCAAGGCACCGCGGACGCCGAGCAACCCGCAUAAAUCCCCUGCUCCGAAGUCCGAACUAGUUGCUCCACCGAAUCCUCGAAUCGAAUCGCGACCAAAUCCUCGCCCCAGCCCCGCACGCGCUCCCCCAUCACCCCCACCCGGCGCUUACGCACCAAACCCCACUUCGUUUCUCACUGCAAUCCGCCGGCCAACCGAUACCACCCCACCUCUUCGGCGCAAUGACGGCCGUCGCGACGCCGACGCCGCCACCGCCGCGGCAGCUGAGCCUGGAGGACCUUAAGGCAAUAUCCGUGCUCGGGCGCGGCGCCAAGGGCGUCGUGUUCCACGUCGUGCACGCCCAUGGAGAACCGGACGGCGAGGGCGAGGGCGGCGCCGCGGCCGCGGCCAUGGCGCUCAAGGCGGUCUCGCGGGAGGCCGCGCGGCACAAGAAGGCGGGCAGCGGGGACGGGGACGGACACCGCCGGAUCUGGUUCGAGCGCGACGUGCUCCUGUCGCUGCGCCACCCGCUGCUCCCCUCCCUGCGCGGCAUCCUCGCCACCGAGGCCGUCGUCGGCUUCGCCAUCGACCGCUGCGGCGGCGGGGACCUCAACUCACUGCGGCGGCGGCAGACCGAGAAGAUGUUCUCCGACUCCGUCAUACGGUUCUUCGCCGCGGAGCUGGUGCUGGCGCUCGAGUACCUGCACAGCCUCGGCAUCGUGUACCGGGACCUCAAGCCGGAGAACGUCCUCAUCCAGGACAGCGGCCACAUCAUGCUCGUCGAUUUCGACCUCUCCACGCGGCUCCCGGCGCCGCCGCAGGAGCCUGACGCGCCGGUGACCAGUCCCAAUGCCAAGCCGGCGCUUCCGGUCGCCGCGCCGUCGCCGAGCCGCGGCAGUGCAAGGAAGCCAGCGGGCGCCGCACUGUGCUUCCCAUUCCGCACCGCCAUCGCCACAAAGCCUGCCGCCCCGGCCACGGACUCGAGGUCGCCGCUGUCCACCUCGCGCACGGCCUCCUCCUCCUCGUCGUCGUCGUCCUCGACGGCGACCACGGCCUCCUCCGCGGCAUCCGCCGGCGGGCGGACUCCCGCGAAGUCGAACUCGUUCGUGGGGACGGAGGACUACGUGGCGCCGGAGAUCAUCGCCGGGCGCGGCCACGACUUCACGGUGGACUGGUGGGGCCUGGGCGUGGUGCUCUACGAGAUGCUCUACGGCCGCACGCCGUUCCGGGGGCAGAGCCGCAAGGAGACCUUCUACCGCGUCCUCACCAAGCAGCCGGAGCUCGUCGGCGAGCAGACGCCGCUGCGCGACCUCAUCGCCCGCCUCCUCGAGAAGGACCCCGAGAAGCGCAUCGGCGCGCGCGGCGUCAGGGCCCACCCUUUCUUCCGCGGCGUCGACUGGGACCGCAUCCUGCAGGUGGCGCGCCCGCCGUUCAUCCCGACGCCGCCGCCGCAGGACGAGGGCGAGGACGGCGACGGCGACGAGGCGCUUGACGUCGAGAAGGUCGUCCGCGAGGUGUUCGCGUCCAACGACGCGGAGGGCGGGAAGGCUUGGCCUGUGGCGGACGGAGGCCGUGUCGGCGGCGACGGCGAUUGCGACGGGAGGGGAGAUCAAUCUAAAGAUGGCGAUUUCUCCGUGUUCUUCUGAGCUAUUUAUUUUCUUUUGAUUUGUUUUUUCUUUUCUUGUUUUUAAAAACAAUAGCUACUAGUGGUAGUAGAUGUAUAUGCUGUGUAUGGAGUAUUAUUUGUUCUCCUCAAGGAUGAUGUGAUUUAGCAGCUGAUAUUAGGGAGUGAGUACGGCGCAAUGAUGGCCGGUGGAGUACAUACAUAAAUUAUAAAGAGAUUCUCCUGUUCGAUGGGGUAUAUAGCCAUUAGAGUUUGUAAUUUUUUAUCUCUUUUAUGUUUUGGUUUGUUCGUACUUUGUUCGGUACAUAAUGAAUAAUGAGAGCGCAAUUG